AUGUCAACACACGCCGCACAACUGCUCGAGCAACAGCUCUUCACUGCCAUCAAGACACAAAUCAUCAGUCUCGCAACGCCUCUUUACGGCACGAGAUCGGAAGACGCAACAAAAGUCUAUGAUGUAGUCACUUACAGCAUGACUUCCAACAAUGGUGGCAGUAGCAACGAUAGCAGAAGCACCUUCAACACUGCUAGCACCAGCAGCAACAACGACGGUGAAGAGAGAACAGGGCCAACCUACGGCGUGGCUUUGAUUCUCUACACUGGACCGUCAGCCUCGCCAUUCACAUCAUGGACACUGAUCAGUCAUGUGGAGGAUCAGCCCGACAUCAUCACUGGGGCGAAUUGUCUGUUGGAAGACUUGAGGAAGGGGAUGGGUGGAGUUAUCAGUAAUUGGGGGAUGAAGCAUGGGAGGAUUCCCAACGUUGCGGGUGUAAGCGAAGGAGGGCAGGAGGGUGAAGAGGAAGUCGAAUAUAAGCAUGGGGGUGAUGCUGAAGGUGGCGGCGGCAGACUGGACGAUGCCAGCGAAGACCUGGAGCAGACCGGCCGGAGUCCAAGGUUGUCGACCAUCAUCGAGGAGAUGUAG